UGACGCCAUGGAAGACUACGUGUUACCUGAAAGUCUCAUCCUCGACGUUUUAUCUCGACUUCCGGUCAAAACAAUUGUCCGCUGCAAGUGCGUGUGCAAAAAGUGGCGUGAUCUUGUUUCCGACACCUAUUUUGUUGAUCUUCAUCUCUCCAGAUCGCGUCCCUGCCUCAUGUUUCAUCAAUACAAAAAUCCACACCCGAUAUUAGUGUUCGUAGAAGUGGAACAUGAAGUUGAUUACGACCGCUUAACCCUCGGUCAUGUCAAAAGCCUUGACCUCGGUCUUAUUGCUUUUCGUUCUCUUAAUCAGAUAUUUGAAGUGGGUUCCAUCAAUGGUUUGAUCUGCUUGCGUCACGAAGGUUAUGCCAUUUACAUAUUCAAUCCUGUGGUGGUUGAAGAAUAUAUGAUCCUCCCUGAACUAACUUUUUUGGAUUUUUUUUCGCGUGUAAGUUAUGGUUUCGGAGUUUCAAUGGGAGGGGAAUACAAAGUCAUACGGAUCAUAGGUAGGAGAAUACCCGAAGAACAAUUUAUGGCCUCGGUUGAAAUCGAGGUUUACACCCUUGGCACAGAUCAAUGGAGAAGUUUGGGACCAACCCCUUACCACAUUGACUAUCGGGGGCUACUGGUUUCAGGUGUAUUUGUGAAUAGUCAUGUGUAUUGGUUUGAUUAUAUCCAAAUUUACGAUUUCGAUUUGGAUACAGAGACAUUUGAGUUAAUUCCGCCCCCGGCUGGACUGGGAGAUAAUCAUGAAGCUAAGCAAAUGUUGGGAGUACUGAAAGGCAGCUUAAGUCUAUUUUCUGGGUCUUCGUUAGGGUUCAACGUUUGGGUGAUGAAGGAAUCUUCUUGGCAUAAAGCGAUAGCUAUCCGGGAAACUAUUGACCCUAUAUUUAGAUCACAAGGGUGGAAACCUUUGUGUCUCAUUGAUGGUUUAAACGGUACUAGUAUUUUGAUCUUAUGUGUUAAGGAAGAUAGAGAAAACGUGGUGGGGUAUUGUCUUAACACGAAUAAGAUUCUAGAUUUGAAUAUUCCAGGCAACUACUGGAUGGUAAUUAGUACUUAUCGUCCUAGUUUUAUUAAAACUCCAAAACUUUGGAUCAGAGAGAGUUGAUUCUUGAACGGUAAUGACACUCUGCCCGGCCUUGUGAAGUAUAGAUAUAUCUCCAGUUUGAAGUUUGAGCAAAGGUAAGAGGGCACCAAGCAUCAUUCCAUGUUGAAUCCAUUUGAUGUCAAAAAGUGAAUUAUGCAGUUUUUCUUCUGCUCUAGACGUUAGAAGCUCUAUCUAGCUAGUUAAUUAUAUAUAUGUUUAUAUCUCUACCAUUUUCUGCUUUGCAAGGAUUAAGAAAUACAA